CGGACAAAGAUGGAGGCCUCUGUCUAUUCUCUGCUGUGUGCGGAGGAAGACACUAAAACUAACAUCUCUAGUUCCCCUAAUGCGACUUCUAGUACAGGUUCUGAAAAAGUAAUAAACAGUAAAACUGAUAGUACCCUGGUUAAAGAACAGAAAAGUGACGAGGAACUACUAGAGGGUCUCCUCACAGAGUAUUAUUGCCAUGUUUGCUCUUCUAACCUGUUGUUUGAAUCCAAUCGGCUGGCCCAUUAUAAGGGGAAAAAACAUGCUCAGGAGGUCAAAAAAUAUCUGAGCGCCGUGAGAGCAGAACUGGCCAGAGGUGGUCAGAACAUGGUCCGUGAUAAAAACCGUUUCUGUGAUCUGUGCAACAUUGUGUUUAAUUCACACAUAGUCGCAAAGUCCCACUACGAAGGCAAAAUCCAUGCAAAAAAUCUGCGUAAAAAAAGUCUGCCAAAAACAGAAAAAGGCACAGCUGUCCAAACUGAGCAAAGUAUCACCCCCGAUCUGUUAAACUGUGAGCAGAAUUCGUUUCAGCAGCGUGACCUGGACAUUGAUCCUGAUCCGACAGGGACCUCAAGCAUCCCGGAUGCCUCAGUCUCGUCUUUGACAGAGGUUGAUAUUAAAGAUCCUGAAAAGUACUGCGCCCUUUGCGCUGCCUCUUUUAACAGGCCUGAGAUGGCCCUGCAGCACUACAAUGGACUUAAACACCAGAGACGAAUAGCCCAACAGAAGCUCCUCAAAAACCUUGGAAAGGAUGUGCAGCCAGAAAGCUCUUUAAUGUGCAAUAUCUGCAAUGUGUCAUUCAACUCUGUGAAAGUGUACCAGACUCACAUGCAGGGAAACAAACACCAGAUCAGGGAGGGGAAGCUGAAAGACGUUCUUAAAUCUCAGUCAAAGGUCUUUGGCACAUUCGCAGAUGAACUGGCAGAUUACAUCCAAGUGCAGAAGGCCCGAGGAAUCACCCCUAAGACCAGUCAGGUUCUCCCUGAUGAAGAAGCACAGAACAAAGAUGAAGAAGAAGACAAAGUAGUGCAGCAUGAAGAGUCAAAUCAGUGUGAUUUGACAGGAACACCUGUUCCUUUUCCUAACUUACCUCAACCUUUCCCCCCUCCUCUUCAGCCUAUCCCAGGAACAUGGUUUCCUUUCUAUCCAGUCCCAUCAUGGCCUCCCUUUGGCUGGCCCUACAACCUUCCCCCUCCUGUCCUCCCCUGCCCAGGUUCCACACAGUUUGCCAGUUGGCCCACAGAUGGAGAACACCAAAGACAACUCUCUACUUCCUCCACUUGUUCCUCCUCAACCUAUUCUGAUCGUAGCUGUGGCGCUAGUGAUAGUGAUGAAUGUGAACAGAGGACAAUAAAGGGGAGGAAAACGAAAAGACACCGAAAGGAUGGAGAACGUGAAGGAGAUGAAGAUUUAAACACAGAGGAAAGGAGGAGAAAGAGACGGAGGAUGGAGACGGGUCAUGACUCAGAAGAAAGGAGAGGUGAGGAGUCAUGGGAGGAGCUGAGGGGGAAAAAGCUCAAAAGUCGCCGUAAGCGGACACAAAAACAGAAGACAUUUCAGCAGGAGGACUUUGAAGUUGACCAAGAAGGAGUCCCCACUGAAAGACUACAUUCACGGAGCAAGAGUGAACAUAGUAAGUCAACCAAAGCCAGAAAAGAGAAAAAGAGGAUUAAAGACAGUAGGACAGAGGAGGAGAAGUUGUGGGAUGACUCCAUUCUGGGCUGUUAAAUGAACACUAACAAGUCUUAUUAACUUAUACUACGGUCAUGUUUGUGAAAUAUAACGUUUGAAUUAAUAUAAAAGAGCUGUAUGACUUUAUAAUUAUUAGCAGCAUUAAAAAAGAUCCUAAAGAUGUAAUAAGCUAGCUGGCUAGCUGUAUUUGUAAGGAAUGAAUGGUUUUCCUUAGAUCAGUGUUAGUAGAGGUGCAAUGUGUACUGUUAAUAAUCACUCAUUACCUGUAAUCUAUUGCAUGCUCCUGAAAGGUUUACAAUUGUUUUUAUUUUGCUAGUCAUGCUGAUGUAAUCAUAAUUUGAAACACUUCAUAUUCUUUUGAUUAAUAUUUCACCAAUCAAAACUGUAAAAGAGUGUAGAACCUGGAGUCCCCUCAG